AUGCACUUCUCCACGUUCGCCGCCUUUGCGGCUAUUGCCCCAUUCGUCAGUGCCCAUGGCGGUAUGGGACUGCCCAGGAUCGCUGGUAUCAACAUGCGGGACUUGAAGUCCCGUGACUUGCUGGCCAACCUCGAGGCUCGCAUUGCUGAGGUCCAGACUGCUCACGCUCACGCGAACGGUCUGGCUGCUCGCCAAGACGACCGCGAGUGCGGUGCUGGUAUUGGCUCCUGCGCUGCGGGACAAUGCUGCUCUGGUUCUGGAUACUGCGGAACUGAUGCCGACUAUUGCUACUCCCCUGGGUGUGACUACAAGUACGGCCCCGGCUGCCCUGAAAACAUUACUCCAGCUGGUACCAACACCUCGUCGAUUGCUCGCACCAAGAUUGGCUCCAUUGCGUACGGUGGUGCUGGUAUCUACAACUGUGUCACUCCCGGCACAGUUGCUCUGACAUACGAUGAUGGCCCACAGAAGGACUACACCACCCACGUCCUUGAUGUCUUCAAGACCUACAACGCUAAGGCCACUUUCUUCAUUACUGGCAACAACAUCAACAAGGGUGAGAUCGACACCACUGCCGAAUUCACCAGUGUCAUCAAGCGCAUGGACUCCGAGGGCCACCACAUCGCUUCCCAUACCUGGACUCACUUGGAUCUCAGCGCCGUCUCUUCUAUCGACCGCAAGCAGCAGAUGUGGAAGAACGAGAUGGCUCUUCGCAACAUCGUCGGCAAGAUUCCUACAUACAUGCGCCCUCCUUACUCCAGCUGCACUGCUGCCUCUGGCUGCGAGCAGGAUAUGGCUGAUCUUGGUUACCAUGUCACCUACUUCGACGUUGACACCGACGACUACAACCAGGACGACGUCAACAAGAUCCAGAACUCCAAGAACUACUUCAAAGGCAACAUCACUGCCAACGGCGCUUCCGCUGCCACUUCUGAUUGGUUGAGCAUUGGCCACGACAUCCACUACCAGACCGUUUACAACCUCACCGACUACAUGCUGUCCACGCUCACUGGCCUCGGCUACAAGGCUGUCACCGUUGGCGAAUGCCUCGGUGAUCCAUCUACCAACUGGUACCGCUCUGCUGGCGGCGCUGGCUCUGCCACCACCCAGACAUCAUCUGGUGCUGCUUCCACUGCCACUAAGAAGGUUUCCGCCGACGGCAUGUGCGGUACUACUGCUGGAACUACCUGCCUAGGCUCUACAUUUGGCAAUUGCUGCUCUCAGUACAACUACUGUGGUUCCACUACUGGCCACUGUGGAACUGGCUGCAACUCCGCCUUCGGCACAUGCAGCGGUUCUUCUUCUCAGGCUGCUAUUUCUACCGCCAAGGCUACCUCCACCAAGGCUGCCUCCACUAAGGCCACUUCCACUAAGGCCACCUCCACCAAGGCGGCUGCCACCUCUGCGGCCGUCAAGAAGGUUUCCACGGAUGGUUCUUGCGCCGGUACUGUAGGCUACGUCUGCUCAGGUUCGACCUUCGGCAACUGUUGCUCGCAGUACAACUACUGCGGAUCCUCAUCUGCUUACUGCCAGACGACCUCUGGCUGCCAGUCCGCUUUCGGUACCUGCAACUGA